AUGAAUCCAUCACCAUUAGCUAUUAAAAAAAUGUUUAAUUCACUUCUCAAUCAUCCAAGUUCACCAGUUUCUAAUCCAAGACUAUCUAUAGCAACACCAGCAGCACCGUUGACAUUACCACCAGCAAAAAAUUCUAUUCGACAUAUUGAAAAUGAUCAAAACAAUCGUCGUGAAAAAUAUGAUGGUUGCCGUUGGAGACUUGUUUGUACAUGGACUACAGAACAAUGUACAAAUCUUGCUUAUUCACGUGAACUAUGUCCUAAACAUAAUGCAUUACAACGAAACAAAGUAGUACCAAAGAAAAAACGAAAACCAUUAACGACUAAUUUAUCAUUGCCGGCUUUAAAUACAUACAAUCAUAAAAAUUUUCGUAAUAAUAAUGAUAAUAAUCGUACUAUUAAUAAUAAACAUAGUAAUCAUAAUAUUAAUCAUAAUCAUAAUAUUAAUCAUAAUCAUAAUAUUAAUAAUAACCAUAAUAUUAAUGAUGAUGAUGAUGAUGAUAUUGAAAUACUUGAACAAUUUUGUACGCGUCCAACUGCUCGUUAUUCAAUGAACAGUGAUGUUAAAUUAGAACAUCAAGAUUUUAAUGUAUUUUCUGUAGAAAAUCUUAAUGAUACUCAUAUACUUCGUAAUAUUAAAUCAGAAGCAACAUAUUCAUCUUCUCAUCAUCCCAGUUCAAGUACCGAUAUUGAAUAUAUGAGCUCAAAAACACGUGCUAAUGGAUUAAAUAUUCAAGAAUUAUUAUCAAAAAAUAUUCCACCAUUAACUGAUUUUGAAGAAGAAUAUAUUGCAACUCGUAUUAUGGAUAAAUUUCCAACAACUUGUCUCAUGCUUGAUGUACAAUUCUUUGUACACAACGAAGCAAUUUCAGUUGUAAGACGAAAUUAUCGUCUUAAAAUGGAUACCGUUGCACCGGAAUAUUUCUAUGAUUUUCUUCUUCGUCAUCCUCGUAUACCUCUUCAUUAUAAUAAAUGGUUUUUACGAUCUAAACCUACACCACCAACAACUGGUUGUCCAAUUGAUACUAAAGUAUGGACAAUAAGUAUGACUGUACGAGGUGCAUUGGCAUCCGAUAUGAAUGAUGAACACGCUGAUUAA